GACAACGGGAAGUAACCGACGUAGACGUCGGGUGAAAUCCUAAAAAGUGGAGCUUGAAGGUAAGUCAUCCUCGACGAAGGGGAAUGGGAACACCUCCUUGACCUCCACGGUCCUGUCAUCGAUUGCCUCGACUCGCAAGGUAUCGCUCAUGACAACCCCCUGUGGCGUACGAUUUUGAUGUCGACAUACUAAGGGAGCAUGAUGCUCCUCGACCCAUUGUUCGGGUGGAUGGGAGCAGUGGGAAGCCGGAUUGGAAAAAGGGGUGUGCGGGGGGUUGUAAUUAAGCAAGAUAGCGCAGAUGCGGACAGGAAGAUGUUGGACAUUCGGCAUUUGGAAGUGAGGGAGAUAAGGAUGGUGGAUCGCAUUGUGCGAAUCUUGCAGAGCAAUAAAGUUACCAACGCUCCAAGAUCUCAAGGCCUCCGAGAUUCUUCUCCGCAGAGCGUACCAUGCAUUUCGAUAUCGACAGUCUCUUCUAUAGUGACCCCGGCAUCGAUCUGGAUCGCGUUGUGGAGGGUAUUGUCAUGGGCCAUUCAGAUACAGUGCUGUAUAAUUUGGAAUGGAAGAAGAUUACUUCCCCUGUCUCUCGCCUCUCUCGUCUUCGACCUUCGUCGUCUCUCAUCCAAGCAUUCAUCGUUCUCGCGCAUAUACUCCUCAGUUCUUCGCUCUACAUCAUGUCUGGCCCCCCUGCUGGUAUCCCCUUCAUUCCCGUAGUCCCAGCUGCUGUUCCAAUCUCAUCUACCUCUGCCAACCCCACCAUUUCAGUCCCCACUCCCCCUGUUUCGUCCGCUAAUACCACUCAGCCCCCACCUUCUUCGGUGGUUACGCCCGCUAGCAAUGCUGGUAACCCCUCCCAGCAAAUUUUGGCCGCAUAUAUGCUGCUUCCCCCCUCAGACCAGCUCGCGCUAGACUCUUUGCUUGAGAACCACCGCAACUCCCCAACCUCAACUCAUUGGUCCAAGGUUCAACGUGCUCUCCCGUUUGAUCUUUCGGACAAUGCUCCCAUUUUCUCUCCGGAUGGCACGCACCUUCCCAUCCCCAAACUUAUUAACAACCUCGCCGAUGCCGGCUUCCAUGUACCUUUAACCCUUUUUUCCUAUGACGCUCUAUAUAAAUUACAGAACCAACCCCUCGCCGUUAAAACAGUCAAGGUUCACCAGAACGGUCAGAACGUUCAUAUUCUCGACGUCACCCAAUUUCCUCCUGAAGAGGAGAUGCUCCCUUUGGACUGGCAUUCAGCCUGGGAGCGCUAUAUCGAUUGGAUCGGCACUUGAGAG